UAAUAUUAUUAUUGUGAAGAGUGAAUACUAAUAUUUUAAAGAUGGUAUUUGAGAAUAUAAAUAACAUUUCUAUCUAUCAAUCUAUCUAUCUACACAUUAAUGUAUGCUAGUAUUGUGCAAUAAUUAAUUUCUAUACUGUACAGUAUAGUAAUAUACACUUUAUAACGGAUAUUAUUGAUUCAUUUUGAUUAUUACAUGAAAUCUGCAUCAUCAUAUCAAAUUCCGGUUAGUAAAAAUAACAAUAAUAAUAAUAAUAUUAAUACUACUAAUAAUAAUGAACGUUUGAAUCGAAUGAAUUUACUCAGUAAUUCAGCUGGAAAUUUAUCCUCUACAAGAAACACGCCAUGUUUACGAUCAAAUUCAUUAAGUAGUGCAACAAAUUUAAAUGAAACACUACAUAACACUACACCAACUAGUCAUAGUAGUGGUUGUACUAGUGGCAAUGAAUCCAAUGGGAAUCAUGCAUUGAAUAUGACAUUCGGAUCUAAUUCACGUAUAGUUGGUAAUUGUGCUGAAUGUGGUCUACGUAUUGGCAAUUUGACAGAGGCAUGUUAUGCAAUGGGUUAUUUAUAUCAUAAUUCAUGUUUUGUAUGCUGUUGCUGUAAAAGAACUUUACGUGGGAAAGUAUUCUAUAAAGAUCAAGAUAAAAUUUAUUGUGAAGAAGAUUAUCUGUACUGUGGAUUUCAACAAACAGUAGAGAAAUGCUUCGCUUGUGGACAUAUUAUUGCUGAAACAAUUCUUUUAGCUAAUGGCAAUACCUACCAUCCAGGAUGUUUUCGAUGUUGUAUUUGUACAAAAUGUUUAGAUGGGAUUCCAUUCACUAUUGAUUCAAAUAAUUUAAUUUAUUGUUUAACUGAUUAUCAUUUAAUUCAUGGACCAUUAUGUUCUGUUUGUGGAUUAGUGAUUAUGCCGGAUGAGGGUACAAAUGAAGUGAAACGAGUUGUUGCACUUGGCAAAGAGUUUCAUAUUGAUUGUUAUCGUUGUGUGGAUUGUAAACGUAAUUUAAGCGAUGAAGCUGAUAAACGUUGUUAUCCUCUCAAAGAACCAGAUCCUGUAACAUCUGGACGUAUUAUACAACGGUUAUUAUGUUUAAAUUGUCAUCUACAACGUAUUGGAGCGAUUCCUGCCACAUCAGCUAGUGGUUGUAGUAAUAUAAAUAUUAAAAAUCACAAUACUACUAAUAUUCUUACUCCUACUACUCCUACUACUAAUAUCUCUGUUAGUAGUAAUCAUUUGAAAUCAAACAAUGGAAGUAUAAUGAGUCAUCCUAAUACAACAUCUACCAAUCAUAUCAGUAAUACACGUUAUGCAACUCUACCAAAUAGACUUCAUGGAAUGAACAAGUUAAACACAAUAACUAAUCCCACUAGUACUACUACUACUACUAAUAAUAAUAAUAGUAAUAGUAAUAAUAAUCAAUACAUUCAACCACAUCAACAUCAUCAUUCUUCUCCUUCAUCACAUCAUCCUAAUGUCACUUCAAGUACAUUAUUAACACAUAGUUAUUCACCACGUAGUCAGUUAUAUACCACUGCAAAUUCAAGUUUACAUUAUCGAAAUACUACUAAUAAUGAUAAUCAUAGUAAUAAUACUAAUAUUAAUACUAAUAAUUAUGCAAUGAAUUGGGAGAAAACACGAACCAAUGGUUUACAUAAUCCUACCACUACUACGACAAUGACGAAUAAUACUGGUCAUAAUGGUCAUUAUCUACACUAUAAUAAAUCUUCCUAGGAAUGAAUUCAAUUCUAUUUGAAAAUAUAAACAGUAUACCAUCUCUGUGUUGUGUGCUGGCUGUUUCUGUGGUUGUUAUUGUUGCCUAUGUCUGUUGCGUCACAGUGUCGAUAUUAUUAUCCAACUUUCUAGUCGAAAAUAUAAAUAUAUAUACAUAUAUACAAAUACAGUUCUAAUGUUUCUUACUUCUAAUCACUUUUAGUUAUCAAUCAGCCAAUUAAAAUAUGAAAUAAGUUUACUCAACCAAAAAAAAACAAUAACAAUCUUGCCAAAAAAUGCAUUUCCAAUGGUGAUUCUAACCUCAAUUUUUUUUUCUACAUAAAGCUGAAAGUAUUCAGUGCUUAAAAAAACUAUUAUUAUUAUUAUUAUGAUUAUAA